CUGUUCGAAAUCAAAAUUAGUUACUUUCAAUUAAAAUUAAUUUGCCUACUUUUUAAGUUCCCGAAAUGGCCUCCCGUGCGUGGCAGAAAAUACCCUGCCUCAGCAGCCAGCUGCAGCUGAAAACGACCCUCACCGGCGGGCAGAGCUUCCGCUGGAAAUCGCACGGCACCUGUUCGGACGAAUUUGUCGGCGUAUUUGCGAACAUCGUUUGGAUUCUGAAGCAGUCCAAGUCCGAGCUGCUGUACCGAAUCGUGGGCGAACUUCCGUAUCCGGUUAAGGAAACAUCGGCGGCCAUCAGGUUUAAGGUUUCCGAACCGGAGCGUGCACCGGGCGUCGGGGGAGAUUUGCUGUAUUCGCUGAACUAUUACGAGCAGUUGCUGCGGAUUUACUUCAGGCUGGAUGUGGAUCUCGAGGAAUGUUACCGCCAGUGGACCAAGUGUCACGUGCACUUUGAGAGCAGCGCGGAUCAGUUCUACGCCGUGCGGCAGCUCGACCAGGAUCCGGUGGAGAAUCUGGUCUCGUUCAUUUGCAGCCAGAAUAACAACAUUGCCAGGAUCUCCGGCCUGGUGGAGAAGAUCUGCUCGCAUUACGGGGAGAAAAUCUGCGACUACGACGGCACCACUUAUUACAAUUUCCCGGACGUUGCCCGGCUCGCUCCACCGGCGGUGGAAGCCCACCUGCGUGACCUGAGCUUCGGCUAUCGCGCCAAGUACAUCCAGAAAUCCGCCGAAGAGAUCGUCUCGAAGGGUGGCCUCGAGUGGUUCCGCACGCUGCAACGGCUCGACUACAAGGAAGCCCACCGGGAGCUGCUCACGCUGACCGGGAUCGGGCCCAAGGUGGCGGACUGCAUUUGCCUCAUGUCGCUGAACCACCUGCAGGCCAUUCCGGUGGACACGCACGUGUUCCAGAUCGCGAAGCACUAUCUGCCCCAGCUGGGCGGCAAGCAGACCAAAAGCAUUACGGGCCGGUUGUACGGCGAGAUCGGGGACAAGUUUCGGGAGAUUUACGGCGAGCGGGCGGGCUGGGCCCAGACGGUGCUGUUUUGUGCCGACCUGAGGCAGUUCAAGCAGGAUGAGGCGGCCAAAGAGGGGGCAGGUUGUGGCGGAACAAAACGAGUGGUGGAACUGACCAAAGCCAAGCCGGACAAAAAGAGGAAGCGAUAG